CUUGUAUGUUACCUGCUCAGCCAUGGAAACCCAUUCCAUGAAGCUCUCUAUGCACUGUUGUUGUGCUAAUCUGAAGACCACACAAAGUUUGGAGGUCUUAGCUAUUGACUCUGAAGACAGUUGGCAACUUCUGCGCAAUGUGCGCUUCAGCAUGUGCUGACCCCGCUCUGUUAUUUUAUGUGGCUGAGUUGCUUUUGUUCCCAGUUGCUUCACAUUGUUAUAAUACCACUAACAGUUGAUUGUGGAAUAUUUAGUAGGCACAGGUGGCAAGCUAUCACGGUACCUGGUACCAUGCUUGAAUUCACUGAGCUCCUGAGAGCGACCCAUUCUUUCACAAAUGUUUGUAAAAGUAUCUUCAUGCCUAGGUGCUUGAUUUUAUAGACCUAUGGCCAAUGAGGUGAUUGGAACACCUGAAUCUAAUGAUCUGGAGGGGCGUCCCAAUACUUUUGGCAAUAUAGUGUGUGUGUAUA